AACACCAUCAUCAUCAUCAUCAUCAUCCAUACUGUACUACAUCGUGCCACUGCCCUGCUUCUCAUCUAGUGAUCGUCGUUUUCAGGACCUCGGAGUCACAAGGGCCGUGCUCUGUCUUUGCGCCUCAAAAUGCCCUCCCUUUCAUUGUUACCGCUGCUGGCCAAUUGCGUCAACCGGUCCUUCCGUAAGGUGGAGAAGGCGGCGGAUUGGCUGGUGGGCAAGGCAGGCCCCUUUUUCAUCGCCAUCUGCAUCGGACUCGUGUCAAUCGGGGCGUGGACGUUCUUUACACUGCUCCUCCCUUCCGUCCUGACUCCUGCUUCGGAGAGUGCCUUCUCGCUGCCUACUAUCGCCUCGGCUUGCUUGGCCUUAUACUGCUUUAACCUCAUCUAUAGCAUAGCUUGGUACUAUUACGCCGCAUGUACAAUUCCUCCGGGAGGCGUAUCAUCCUUCGUCUCUGCAGCUGCAGACCUAGCCUACGACCAAGCUUCGCGCCAAGAAACGGACCAAGACGAUGCCCAGGCUUCCCUCCGCACCGGCUACCUCUCCAACCUCGAUUCCCACUGGACCUCUUAUGCAGACCGAGCACGUCUUGCCUCGCGUUGGGUCUCCGAUGCUCAUGACCCUUCGAUAGAGGCUUACCUCGAUCAUGAGCGAAACGUACGCGGCAAGACGGAAGAAGAAAUCGAGGAAGAGGAUCUCUGGCCCAGAGUCAAGAUGUGCCAGAAGUGCGAAAAGGUGCCACUGUGGUGGGCUCUAGCAUGUCUUCCAGAGGAACUCAGGGACGUGGAGAAGCAGAGGAGGUCACGCAAUGGUGAUUUCGAUGCGGGCAUCGAGCAGGACUCGAAGCAGCAGCCGCUGCAGGACGAUCGGCCGUCGCCGAAAUCCUCCUCAUCUACCUCAAUCACGCUAUCUCCUUGGGAGCGGACCGCCGUUCAGCCUCUGCGUCAAUCCAUCCUCGCCUGGCUUCCAGCUUCGACAGCCGAUACGCUCGUCCCGCCUCCGAAGCCAGAGCGAGCCCACCACUGCAGUGUCUGCAAGACCUGCAUCAUCAAGUUCGACCACCACUGCCCCUGGCUGAACCAAUGCGUUGGCUUAUACAAUGAGCGGUACUUUGUCGGCUUCUUGGUUUACAUGGUGCUUGGUACUAGCAUUGUUCUGGUGGUGGGAUGGCCAAAAGCUUGGGAGGCUUUGAGGCUCUGGGAGCGGUGGCCCUACAAGACCGCUCCACGCCUAUUUGUCCUCCUUACCUACAUCCUCUGCCUCGCCAUGGGCGUCGCCCUGCUAGUCAUGCUUGCCUCGCAUCUAGACAUGAUCUCCCGUAAUCUCACCUCCGUCGAGUCUUCUGAUCGUCAAUUUUACAUUGGUCGAGCUCAGAUGCGACAGAAGGAGCGGGAAGUGCAGCGGAAAGCCGCGUCCAAGGCAACGGGAAGAGGCUCUGCUGAUGCUGAGACGCCCGAGGAGAAGAAGAGACUCAAGGAUGCACAAGCCCUCGAGCUCGAGCGAGCCUGGGGGAACGUCUAUGACCUCGGCACCCGCACUCGUAAUCUCGCCAUCUUCUUCAAUGUGGGCGAAGGGUCUUCACUCGCCUCUUCUUCCUACCCUUCUUCCUCUUCCUCGCUUCCAGAACCAACAGCUCCCCCCGCCCGUCUCACGCGACGUCCCCGCCCCCGUCCAGUCUACUACUCGCUCCUCCCCGUGCGCUACCCGCCUCACUCGGAUGGGUGGCAUUGGCCCAAACGGAGGGGGACUGGGGGCAGAGCAAUGUUGGGCGUGGGGUUGGAAGAAGAGGUAGAGUUUAGCGGUGGAGAGGAGGAGCAGGAGGAGCAGGAGACGCCUAGAGAGGAGACUUCGACGAAAGGAGGCAAGGGGAAGAAGAAGAAGAAGGGCAAAGGAGCUGCAGCCGGAGCUGCGUCUGGAUCUGCAUCUGAAGAGCAGAGGAGAGACGAGGAGAGGGAAGUUCUGGCUGGUAGGACCUUUGAUGGGAGUGAAGCUGGGCUGGACAUGCAGUGAACAUCAAGUGCCGGGUAAUCGUCACUCUGCUCGAGCUAGUGUGGAGUACUGUCCCACGUCUGUAUACAGCUUGUAUUUAUGACUUCUCAGCCGCUGGAACGAAGUGUAUUGUACAUAUGCAAUUUGAAUGUGUAAUGGAAGACAAAGGAGUGCUGCCUCCACGCC